CUGUCAACGGCGUUAGAUGUCAGCAACGGAAGCUGGGAAAGUGCAAAAGUGACAAAAAAAAAUAAAAUACAAUUUAAUUGUGAUGCAUCAGAGAAACUCAUUGAUUUUCAGAAGCCAAUUACCGAUUGAAACAAUAUAAAAAGAAAAAAGGAUAUAUUUACUUAAGUAUAAAAUUACUUAAGAGAAAGCUCGUAGGAUUGUGUGUACACGUUUAUGCAAUAAAAGAUUUAAAGAAGAAGUAGUGGUCACUGCUCCAUUGAAAUUUGUUUGUGCAGAUAAGUCUGUGAGUAAUAAAGCUGUGAAUAAUAAAGUUGUGAAGUACAAAGCACAGCAUGAAAAUAAGUCACUAAAGUAUAAAACAGAAAACAGCGAGAGACUAAACCAAAAAAAAAAAAUACAAAAUACAACUUUAACAAAACGUGGCGUCAAAAAAGUGAAUACGAAAAGCAAAAGUAAAGAAAAUAAACAGUGGCCAAAACGACAGCACCGGCAGUGCAAGCGGAAAAAGAUACUAACAAGAAAAUAAGAGAAGGUCUUUGUUAGCAUAAAAAAAAACUAAAUGUAUGGAAUUGAAAAAAGUAUGAAGUGGAAGCAGACAUUGCAAAUGCGAAAAAGUGUGAAAAUUUAUUUUAAAUACAUGUAAAACCGUCAGGCACCACCUACUUUGACGUCUAACCAAAGUGGCAACAGAAACAAGCAACAAUAACAACAAAACAAUAACUAUACAAAUACUAAGCAACGCACAUUUACACACUCACAGGAAAAUUCAAAUGGGCUUUCAUUAUAAAACCAAAAUAUAUGUGUAACUACAAUAAAAAUGGCAGCUAAGUAAACAACAACGUCAAGAAGAGCAGACACAUCGCAACAUCGCGAAACACAUAGACAGCAACGGAAGCUGGGCGUCAAAAGAAGGUGGCUCGCAGAAAUCAAAACCAGGAAAUACAACAGUGCAACGCAUACCAAAAAACUUAAAAAGGCUCUGCUUUUUUUGUUGUGUUUUUGUAACUAGUCUAGUCUUCCAGUGCAGUGAAGUGAGCCCCGAACAUUAGCAACAUGUUGAAAUUCCUGCGAAUUAUUUGCAUUUGGAUUUGCUGCGCCUUCUGCUUGUUGGAGCGCAUACAGUUGCCAGCCGCCACAGCUGCUAUUGCAGCACCUUUUGAGUAUUUCGAGGAUCAUGACCAACUCUCCUACGACUUGGAUACUGAGCAGUCGAAAGCUAAAUAUGAUACACGUCUGCUGUCGGAACAAAUGUUGAAGUCGGAAAAAUCCACUGAACGUUAUGAAAGUGCUGACAAUCAUGCGGGAGUUAGUAGUGGUAUUGGGGGGAGCAGCGCAACCAAUUCAGAACUGGACGACGACAUCGAAUCGGAAGCAGAUGCGGACGUGGAUGAUUUGCAACCGCAUGAACGUGCGGCAUCAUGUCACAACAAUGGCCACAAAUACACACACGGUCAAAAGGUACCGAGAUUAGACCCAUGUGAAGUAUGUCUGUGUAUGGAUGGUGAAAUAUUUUGCUGGUGGGAGCUAUGUGCCAAAACAUCUACGAACCAAAUCAAAAGCGGCUAUCAUUCAAUCUUACAGUUAGACACUUCAACAGCCAGAUUUAAUGAAAUGAGCAGCACUUCGGGCACAACAGUAUACCCCACCGUUGGCACAGUGAAACUGCAACAACAAUACCAAGAAUCGCGACCCUAUGGCAUCAGCUUAGAUUUGAGUUCAUCGAAACAUGAACACCUCAGUGGCAAUAACAAAAAUUAUCAACAAAAGGUUCAGGAAACCUCCACUGGUGGCGCAAAAUUGCUGCUGCAUACGCGUACAACCAAGUCGUGGCAGAAGAAGAAAACUUACCUACAACAACAAAGGCAAAAACAUGAUCAGGUGAAUCAACAUCAACAUAAGCACACACACGACCACACACUUGCUGAAGUGGCAACUGGCAAUGUGCCAUACUACGCCUACCACCCUCCAUCGCCAAUGUCGGCUAGCAAAAUACUCAGCUUCCCAGAGAAUUUGCCGUCGGUGUUGUAUCACGACUAUCGCACCGAGGAGCAUCAACAUCACCAGCAUCAACAUCGUCAGCAGCAUUUGAAGCAUCAGCAAAAGAAGCUACAAUUGCAAAAGCAACGUCAGCAGCAACAGCAACUACAACGCAAACAACAAAUGCAACAACAUACACACAGUGUAUGGAAAAGCGGCGAGCACCAACCAACUCAACAUCAACACGACACUUUGGUGGCAAAAUCGGUACCAAAGAGGGGAUAUGCUUCAGCCUCGCCAUUGUAUACCGGCAGGGACACCAGCAACACCAACUGGGGGCUGGUUGACGGUAAUGAAAAUGUCUACGAUGAUACCGACUCUGACAGCGACAUUCUGCCAGAGCCACCAACAAAGAAACCGAAAAUGACAGCGACUACAAGCACAGCGAUGGCUACAAUGACAGCUACAACAACAACACCAGAUAACAUAGCUAUAGGAAAUACAGAUUUAGAUGCUGGGUCACUAGCAGCAGCAGCAGUAGACGCUAGUGCAGAUGUUGAUGCAACUGGAGGCGUUGGUGUUGGCACACAAGCGUCUGGACACGUGCAACUGCAGGAACGACAGCAAAGUGACAACAUCGUUGCCGACAACGAGAAGUCAUUAAAAAUGAAUGCAGCUGAUGAGUCGUCGUUCUCGUUCUCCCCCUCUUCUUCUUCCACUUUGUUCUCAUCAACACCACCACCAUCAUCAUCUGCUGUGGUUAAUGUGGCUGCACCAGUGAGUCCAACGUCCACCGAAAUAACGGGCAAAACUGCGGAACACCAGGAAGAGGCAGAGUUUAAUCGUGAGAGUAGCGAAGAAGAUCAGGAUGAUGCUUUUCAUCGUUGGCUCACGUCCACCGAAAUGAACAGCAGCAACAAGAAUAACAACAGCAAUUCCUUGGAAGGCAGUGUUACACCAGCACGUCCCACAAAUUUGUCUGGUCUCACUGGGGCGAAAAAUAUUAAUGAAACAUCAGCAACAAAAUCAUUAAAUGGCACUAAGUCACAUAAGGGAGGCAACAAUGGCAAUAGCAACAGAAACAGAUACAACAACAAUAACAACAGCAAAAUUGGCAAUGUUUAUUUUCGCAGUUCCUACAAUGACUACAGCAGCGAAUACAAUGGCAGUGUGGUGAAUAUCGAUAUAUUGCUCACCACGGCAGAUGAGCAACAGCAAACGCAGCAACAACACCAGCAGCAGCAGGCGGAUUUAAUUACGCAACCAAGCAGUAAUUCACAACAGACGACAGGAGUAACAGCAACAGUAACAGCAGAAGCAGACGCAGCAAUCAACAUCUCCAGCUCAGCGGUGGCCACAAAUACAACAACGCUGCCAAUUGUCAGCGUACAAACGAACAGUCCGGAACGACAAUGCAAUGUUAUGGGCACACUGUAUAAAAUUGGCGAUGUACUGCCACAGGAUACCGGAAAUUGCCUGCAAUGUGUGUGCAUAGAUGGCUCGACGAGCGAUGACACACCGCGCGUCACCUGCAGUCCGCACAAUUGUCCGCCACUAGUGCUGCCCGAUCUUUUCGAUGCCACAGGAUAUUAAACAGCGAAACUGAUGGUAGUGCAAACCAACCUACCAAACAACAACACACAUAAGCCAACUCGUUUGGUGAUUUACCAUUAAAUCACAUACAUGCAUACACAGUGGACUGCAGCGAAAUUACUAAAAAUA